UUUUUUCGAAGAAAGAUUGACAAAAUAAAAAAAAUGGCAGCAUUUGGAGCAAAACGAGUUCUAUGGCGAAGCUUUUCAACUGUUGCUUCUCAUCCAUUACGUGUCUGCAUCGUUGGAAGCGGUCCCGCCGGCUUCUACACUGCCGAAAAGAUGUUGAAGACGCAUCAAGGAUCGCAAGUUGACAUUAUUGAUCGAUUGCCUACGCCGUAUGGAUUGGUACGAUCUGGAGUCGCGCCUGAUCAUCCCGAAACUAAGAAUGUGAUUAAUCAGUUCUCUCGGGUUGCACAAAGUGGACGGUGUUCGUUUUUGGGGAAUAUUCCUCUUGGAUCUUCCAUUUCUCUGUUGGAGCUUCGGGAGCUUUACCAUGUUGUUGUGCUUGCUUAUGGUGCGGAAAGUGACAGAGUUCUAGGUAUUCCUGGCGAAUAUCUAAAAGGAGUACAUUCAGCUAGAGAGUUUGUUUGGUGGUAUAAUGGGCAUCCGGAUGGAAGAAACUUGGACCCUGACUUGAAGAGCCCAGAUACAGCGGUUAUCCUUGGUCAGGGUAAUGUAGCUCUUGAUGUUGCUCGUAUCCUCCUACAUCCAACAUCUGAAUUGGCAACCACUGAUAUUGCCAGCCAUGCUUUGACUGCAUUGGAACAAAGCUCUAUAAGGAAAGUAUAUCUGGUUGGAAGACGUGGACCAGUCCAAGCAGCUUGUACUGCAAAAGAGCUUCGGGAAGUUCUUGGUAUUAAAGAUUUGUAUAUUCACAUAAAAGAAGCAGAUUUGAAGAUAACCCCAGCUGAUGAGGAAGAAAUGAAAAACAGCCGUAUUCAUCGGAGAAUUUAUGAGUUGCUCUCUAAGGCAGCAACUACUGGACCUUCCCAACCUAGUACAGGUCAACGUGAACUUCAUUUUGUUUUCUUCCGUCAACCUGAUAGAUUUCUAGAAUCAUAUGACAAAAAUGGAUAUGUUUCCGGGGUGAACCUUGAGAAGACAGCUCUAAAAGGUGUUGGCUCUGGAAAACAGAUUGCCAUAGGUACUGGACAAUUUGAAAAUCUUUCUUGUGGGAUUGUGCUAAAGAGUAUUGGCUAUAAAUCAGUGCCGGUGGAUGGUUUGCCGUUUGAUAAUCAGAAAGGUGUGGUUCCAAAUGUUAAAGGUCGAGUUCUAAGUGAUAAUUCUGGAGAUCCUACAUCAAUUGAGAAUGGCUUGUAUGUCUGCGGGUGGCUGAAGAGAGGACCGACCGGCAUUAUUGGUACAAAUCUUUACUGUGCCGAGGAAACUGUUGAAAGUGUAUCAGAAGAUCUCGAACAAGGUGUCUUAGCAUCAACAAGCAGCCCUCCGAAACUUGGAAGAGACGGGCUCCUCCGGAUGUUGGAGGACAGAAAUGUCAGAGUUGUACCAUUCGGUGGUUGGGAAAGAAUAGACAAUGAAGAGAAGAGAUUAGGGAAUUUGAGAAAUAAACCCCGGGAGAAACUGACAAGGUGGGAGGAGCUACUGGAAGCUGCCUCUGAAUGAAUGUGCCCUUUUACCUUACGUAUCCUUUCCCCUCAAACUUUAUAUAUGUAUACGGAAGGGAAAAUAAGUAUAUUGUGUUGCCCCUUGAUAAUUUGUUGGGCUUGAAGGGAAACUAACUUCUUUAAUUUUCUCCAGCAUUUUUGAAACAAAAUAAGGAAAUAUGUCAAAUUGAAUUGCCGUUGAUACGUUGAAUUGUUAAAAUGAAAUUUGAGCUGUGAAUUC